GCAUUGGUUUAAUCUCCUCCAUCUUCCUCCUAGGUGUCCUGUUCAGAAGUUCUGUCCUGAAGCUUUGAARACCGAGGACUACCCAGCCAUCAGUGGCACCUAAAAAAAUACAACAGCAGCUUUUAACCUCCAACUUUUUCCCUCACCAAGUGGACUAUCUCUCCAUUGUAAAACCCUAACCCGCACACUCACGUGUAGCGCCCUGACAACGCUACGGUCGCAAAGAGGCGACAGACACAAACGUCACAUGAACGUCACCUCCCUGUUCUUCACCAGCCCGGCCGUCAAGCGCCUCCUCGGCUGGAAACAAGGAGACGAAGAGGAAAAAUGGGCGGAGGAAAGCCUGGACGCGCUGGUGAAGAAACUGAAGAAGAAGAAGGGAGCAAUGGAGGAGUUGGAGAGGGCUCUGGACUGCCCGGGUCAGCCCAGUAACUGUGUCAAUCCUCGCUCCCUGGAUGGAAGACUCCAGGUGUCCCACAGGAAAGGCUUACCCCAUGUUAUCUACUGUAGGGUGUGGAGGUGGCCUGACCUGCAGUCUCAUCAUGAGCUCAAGGCUCUGGAGUGCUGUGAGUACCCGUUUUGGCUCCAAGCAGAAGGAUGUCUGCUCAACCCGUACCACUACAAGAGAGUGGAUAGUCCAGUGCUGCCCCCGGUGUUGGUCCCGCGGAAUAGCGAGUUCAAUGCCAAACACAGCAUGCUACCACGCUUCCGCAACCCUCUGCACCAGAACGAGCCCCAYAUGCCCCAGAACGCCACCUUCCCAGAGUCCUUCACCCAGGCGAACACCCAGAUGAACUUCCCCCAGACACAGACACACUCCCCUGGGGGGAACAGCUACCCCGGCUCCCCUGGUAGUGGCAGCAGUGCAACCUUCCCCCACUCCCCCACCAGCUCUGACCCAGGCAGCCCAUUUCAGAUGCCAGAGACCCCUCCUCCAGCCUACUUGCCCCCAGAGGAGCGGAUGACUCAGGACUGCCCCCAGCCCAUGGACACCAACCUGAUGGUCCCCGCGUUGCCCCUGGAGAUCAGCAACAGGCCAGAUGUUCAGCCGGUGGCCUACGAGGAACCUAAACACUGGUGCUCUAUAGUGUACUACGAGUUGAACAACCGGGUGGGCGAGGCGUUCCAGGCCAACUCUACUAGCGUCCUGGUCGACGGCUUCACCGACCCGUCCAACAACCGCAACCGUUUCUGCCUGGGCCUCCUCUCCAACGUCAACCGCAACUCAACCAUAGAGAACACACGGCGACACAUUGGCAAAGGAGUUCACCUGUACUAUGUGGGUGGUGAAGUGUAUGCUGAAUGUCUGAGUGACAGCAGCAUCUUCGUCCAGAGUCGGAACUGUAACUACCACCAUGGCUUCCACCCCACCACUGUUGUAAGAUCCCCAGCGGCCAGCCUCAAGAUUUACAACCAGGAGUUUGCUGAGCUGCUGGCCCAGUCCGUCAACCACGGGUUUGAGGCUGUCUACGAGCUGACCAAGAUGUGCACCAUCCGCAUGAGCUUCGUCAAGGGCUGGGGUGCAGAGUACCACCGCCAGGACGUGACCAGCACCCCCGCUGGAUUGAGAUUCACCUGCACGGUCCUCUGCAGUGGCUGGACAAGGUGCUAACCCAGAUGGGUUCCCCCACAACCCCAUCUCCUCCGUGUCCUAGACGAAACUGUCCCCAGGCCCAGGGCUGUCCAAACCCAGCAUUAGGUUCCAGUGGAGGGUGGGAUGGGUGGGUUUCAGGGUG